UAGGAAUCUGAGAGAGCAAGCAAAGCCAACCUUUAAGGCUUUCAGAAUAGUGGUCUCCAACAUAGCUGCCGACCACCUUACUCAACCUUUCCUCUUUUUUCUGCUUUCCAUUGCCUCAAUCCCUACUCCUCUCUACAUUCCCCCACUCUCUCACUCUCUCACAGUUGAGGAUAAGAAUUUUCAGUAAAGGGUAGCGUCUAUACUCUUACUAUCUUCAAAGCGUAGAGCCCUUGAUUUGCAGAAAAAGGCUGAAGAAGGUAAAAAAAAGCUUUGAGGGUUGUUGCAAUUAGCAUUGAAGCUGGCUUGGGGUUUUAGGUUUGAAGGGUUUCUGUGUGUGGUUUCUCUGAGGAUUCGUUGAAGGUGUUUCUGAUGGAGACGAUGAACGAAGAAUCGAAAUCAAAGAUGGAAGAUUAUGAAGUUAUAGAGCAGAUUGGAAGAGGGGCUUUCGGGGCGGCAUUUCUUGUUAUUCACAAGGCUCAGAAAAAAAGGUAUGUUUUGAAGAAGAUCCGUUUGGCUAAACAAACAGAGAAGUUCAAGCACACAGCUCAUCAAGAGAUGGAUUUAAUCUCAAAACUGAAAAACCCAUACAUCGUGGAGUAUAAAGAUGCUUGGGUGGAAAAGGAAUGCUCUGUUUGCAUAGUGACAAGCUACUGUGAAGCUGGAGACAUGGCUGAGAUGAUAAAGAAAGCUAGAGGAACAUUUUUCCCUGAGAAGAAGCUCUGCAAAUGGCUGACCCAGUUGCUGCUUGCCGUGGACUACCUGCACUCCAACAGGGUUCUCCACAGGGAUCUGAAGUGCUCCAACAUAUUUUUAACAAAGGACAAUGACAUCCGCCUUGGUGACUUCGGACUUGCAAAAUUGCUAAGUGCAGAUGACCUUGCUUCCUCGGUUGUGGGAACCCCAAACUACAUGUGCCCUGAGCUCCUUGCAGAUAUUCCUUAUGGCUACAAGUCAGAUAUUUGGUCACUGGGUUGCUGUAUGUUUGAAAUUGCUGCACAUCAGCCUGCAUUCAGGGCUCCUGAUAUGGCUGGAUUAGUCAACAAGAUAAACAGAUCCUCCAUUUCUCCACUCCCACCUGUGUAUUCCUCUGCAUUGAAACGAUUAAUCAAGAGCAUGCUGAGAAAGAAUCCAGAACAUAGACCAACCGCUGCAGAGAUGUUGAGGCAUCCCCACUUGCAACCUUAUCUGCCUGAAGGCUAUAACCUGUCUCCGGUUUUUCUUCCGGUAAAAACUGCAAAUAACUCAGGGGACAAACCAACUCAGUACCAAUCUUCAAGUAGGUCUAAUGUUAAGGACAGCAAAGGUAGAGAGUCAAAAAAAGAAGCACCAAGAGAGACGAGAAAUACUAGGGAGAUUGUCGAAAGCACUGAUGUCCAGCAAAGGAAUCUAUGGGACAUAUAUAACACUGAGACCAAAAAGGUUGACCCCACAAGCUGUCCUGAAGAAGUACCUCAUGACGAUGGGGGUCUGCAAGGAGGUAGUAGGGACAGUGAGAUGACUGCUCAUAGUGGAGAUCAAGACAAUGCCAAAUGUUUCCAACAAAUGGAAAGCACCGACACUGAAGGCACCUCACUGACUACAACAAUUGUUAGUUAUAAAAAAGAUGAACACAGGGAGGAUCCCUCUCCCGGACAUUCCCUUUUAGCAGAACAGAAUGAUAUGAAGACAAAAGGAGUUAUCACAGAGGACACGUCAACACAAUGUGCCUCAGAGAAUCUUGGGGAGGAACAUGUAGAGGGUGAGGAUGCAAAACCAAAUAACAUGACGAGAGGAGUGUCAUCCAUUGCAGUUUCUGCAGGUCCAGUUGCAUCUCAAGUUGGCAAAACGUUAUCAUUGGGUAGGGCAAAUGUUAGCUGCUGUUUGAAGCCUAUGGAAAAACCUGACCACUCUCUACCAUGUGGUCCCCCAGACUUCAUGUCAUCGGGUAGUACAUUUAGCGAGGAAGAUGCAGGGCCAAAACCAGUCAAACAUGUCCACCAUGAGAAAGAAGGAAAUGGUAUCAUACAUGAAAUAAAUUGGGUUACCAAUGGUAUGUCACUGAUGAGUACAUUAACUGCUCCAAAUGGUGAUGAUACAAGGGCUGAAUUGGAUAAUCACAGCCGGCAAAGAGCUGAUGCUCUCGAGUCCCUGCUAGAGCUAUGUGCCCGAUUACUUAAGCAGGAUAGGAUUGAGGAACUUGCAGGUGUGCUGAGACCUUUUGGAGGAGAAGCUGUAUCAUCCAGAGAAACAGCAAUUUGGUUGACAAAGAGCCUAAUGACUGCACAGAAAUUUGGUGGGACAACCUAUAACCCAAAACCUGAUAACUGAGACUGUAUUCCAAUAUAUUUAUAUUUAUCAGUGCCACCACACACCAUAGAUUUUUGAAUUAGAGAACAAUCAUUUGCAAUGUAUUCCACAUUCACCCAACCCACAGCUGGUUUGUUGUAAUUUGUAAAGUUUUUUGUGUUAUAUUAUCUGUUGAUUUGGAGGCU